AUGGAGAUAGAUCUGGUGAUCGUGGUGGCUAAGGUUAUCAACAGCAACAAGAAGAAUCCUCGACACAAGUGGACAGAGCGAGAUGAGGCAUGCUUCGGUGAACCAAUCAAACCUCAUCUCAUGAAAGAGUUUGACUUUGAGAAGAACCUGGCCUUGUUCAAUAAACAGGCGGUGUUUGACAAAAUCAAUGCCCAACAACGACCUGACUUGGUGAGACAGACGGACAGAUCACACAGAGGCUACAAGACUGAGGACACUCCUACUCGGUUCCGUCAGAUCCUGGUCCCCCAGACAGGUCCUAAAGAGUACAUUACAGAUGAAGGAAUGGUAGUACCCAGUAUUUCAGCGAGUUUACGUGAUCAGCUGUUUGCUCUCGCUCAGGACACUGAGUUUACAUUCGCACGACAAGCAGAACUAAUAGGACGGGCUGUCGCAGAGAUUGCAAUUCCUCUCCUUGGCGGUCCUCAUAGACUGAAUCCCCUCAACAACCAGCAGAAGCCUCUGGUGGUAGUAAUGGUGGGGUCUCACAGGCCCGGAGCCCUGGGAGUGAAUGCUGCAAGACAGCUGGCCAGCCAAGGUGUGGACACCAUAGUGUUCCUCAGUCAUCCCAUGUUCUACGAUGACAACGUGGACCAGGAGCUUAAUCUCUUCCGCCAGACCGGACAUAAGAUCACUGAUACAAUUCAUGAACUGCCACCAUCAGGAGUGGACUUGGUGGUCAUAGCGUUAGCGGACGAGAGGACACAGAAAGUGCCACGUCAUGUGGCCAACUGGGUGUCAGAUAGUAAGAGUGUACUGUUGGCAGUCGAUCCCCCGGCACACGGCACGCCUGGUAUACCAGUCAAGUACUCUCUGGUGCCGUGCCUACCACUGGCGCACUCGCCGGACAACGGCAAGCUGUUCCUCGUUAAUCUCACCAUUCCGCACAAGGUUUUCACCCAGCUUAGUAUCCGCUAUCGAUCACCUUUUGGGCCAAAGUUUGUGAUUCCGCUUCACUCUAAGGACUGAGGUCCACAAACUCUGACAGCUGGCCUCUACAGGAGCUGGGUGUAAAGUUGAGAUGUUAGGCUACAGACAUAGAUACCUUAUUUGAUAUUGAUAGAGUUAGAUUAGUGUAAGUAUGGAUUUAUUUAAGACUCCUUUGAUAAGGAGAGGUAAUAUAUUUUAUUGACAAUGUGUCUUGUGCGUUGUGACAUUUUAACUGCAGGUGGAUGAUAUUUUGUACAAUUUCUCAUUAUUAUUAAAAGCAGCUCAUAGUUUUAGUGUAUUUCAAAUUUAUUUAUAUUUAUAAUUAAGAUGUAAAACAAGUGAUCUUUCCUAUAUUUGGAUGUUUAGUGAGUGUCUUUGAUGUUGAAAUAUCACUGAUUUCAUAUAUUUGUAAGUACUCAAUGUAAUUUUUUUGUUAAUUUUUGAACACCAUUGUUUUGUUAAUAUUAGUACUUUUAAGGUUUGUGGCUCGUAAAAAUAGUUUAUAUGUUGUGUAUAAUUUAAUAUAUUUUGAGGAUUGCAUUGUUAUUAACGAUAUUCAGAGUAUAUUAUAUUUUUUAUACUGUUGUGAAAGGAAAACUGAAAGAAUGUUUCUCUAUUUUGGUGAAACUUUGUUAUUAAAGUUCCUAUGGAAUCAAUUGCCUAAACUCUGUAAAUUAUUUACUGUGUAUGUUAUAAUAAGGUUUUGCAUGAUUUUGUUAAACCCUUUUGGUUCAAUGAUUAUAAUCAUAACAAAUGUUAUUAAGUGUCAUCUUGAGCAUUUGCUUACAAAAUGCCAUGUCCAGUUUAUAAAAAAUAUAUGUUUAAGAAAUAAUUUACUGUAAUUUUAUGUUGUAUUUUUUAAUUUAGUCAUUAUUGAUUUAUUUUUUGGUUGAACUUUAUAUAAAUAUAACCUAUUUUACAAUUCUGUUUAUUUGAUAAAAUGUUACUUAAUUAAUAAAGAGGCACAUGCAAAUGCAGUAAUUGUAGUCUGUUACAUAUGAUAUAUUAAUGUGACUAAUCAUCAGACAACAUAGAAAAUCAUACAAACUGAAUAGAUUUGUAUAAUUUUUAAAUUUUAUAUUUUAAAUAUUGCAGUAUAUAUAAACUAAAAUUAGGAAAAUAAUUCUCUUAUGUAUUUUUUUCUGUAUGGAUUAGAGUACCACAGUGAUAUUUUUAUAACUGGUAAAUUUUUGAUUUACAUCAUAUUUAUUUUCUUCUGAUUGUUAAACAUAAACAAUAAUGAAUGAAGUGAUAUACAGGAUAGAAUACAGAAAGAUGUCUGGCAUUAUCACUAUUUUAAUAACGGCUCAUUUUUCACUGGUACAUGUUUUUUCCAAACACUAAUGAAUGUUAUUGAAAGAGUAUCUGACAUUCAUGCAGUUGUUCAAAACAUUGAAAAACUCUUAUAUAUAAAUAAAGAAACCAUUGGAUUGCUACCUUAGCAUUUCUCGCACAGACAGUUAAGACCACCAUCAAUUAAUUUUUCUAAAAAGAAAAUGGAAAAAAAUAUCAUCAUUGUGGCUCUCUCAAGAAUUCAGAAUUAUAUUUAUUAAUAAUCCGUCAAGAUUACAAAAGAUUAAUAAAGGAGGGUUUUUGUAAGAAGAGUUCAACAUACAUUAGGCAAGAUUUGUUUUAUUUUUGCAUGUUUCUUAAUAUUUUAAGCAGUUAAAAAUGUAGUAGUUUUAAAUUAUUUAAUUAUCACAUAAACAGUAGAAAAUAAUACUUCAAACCUGACUGGAACUCGUAGCACUGAAUUAAGAUCUCAAUGUAUACUAAAAGAUUUGUAUGUCAUUUAUAUGUAUAUUACAUUAUACAUGUAUAAAUAACGAAUAAUCUGAUCUCACCUUAAAAUGUACAAAUGUUGCCUCAAAAAUGGUUUGUUUAUCUGAUAUUAAUCAUAUCAAUCAAUGCAAUUUAUGAGUGUUAACACAACAUAAACAACCUAAAACUCGUGAGGGUCAUUAAAUGUGACUUGCCAAGUUGAGGGACAGGACGUCGUAAUAAAUCAACAACCUGGCCAACUAGAGGCAGAGAACAGCCAUGGUCACCAAUGUGGCCGGGCAAUAUGAGAGGCCAAUCAUUUGAAUUGGAUGCCGAUCUCAAAGGGUUAAUACUACUUGAAUGUACUAGUUACUGUUUUUAUAUAUAAAGCAUGUACAAUAUUACAUAGCUAAACUAUUUAUUCAUUAUGAUAUGAUUCAUAUUUUCAAGUACAGUUUUAACAAAAGGCUAAUAAAAAAAAACAAUAAUAUUAUGUUUUUUUAUACUAAUCCCAGGUAGGUAAUGAUGACACAGUCAAAAUGAAUUAAACUUCAAUAUUUUUCUACUUAGCUGAGAACGCAUUAUUUAUUAAAUAAUGUAUAUUUUAUACCAAAUUUUGAAUUUUAAGAUUUUUUAGUUUUACAUUGUGAAUGAAUAUUUAAACUUCAAAUUCACUUAGAACACGCUAAAAUUGCAGAGUGGUCAGAGUCAAACAUUUGUGUAAGGUAAAACAUAACAGGUGUCACGAUGUAUCAAAAGUAUAUAAUGCUGAGUAGUGUACUUGUACAAGUAUUGAUUGGCAACAUUGUUUUCUUGAUAUAAUGUUCAGUGUAGUUUUUAUGUUUGGUGUAAAAUUUUGCACAAAAUCAUAUUAAAUAUUUAUAAUAAACAAAAAAAUUAAAACAAAAAUAUAUUUAAUGUGGCAAACAUUGUUGUAUUAUUUUAAAACAUUAAGAGUAAAAAAAUAUGACAUGUUUUGUGAUAAGUAAAAUAAUAAUAAUCCAGAAUUUGGUAAAAAGUAACAAAAUCUAUUUAUUUAUGCUUUUAAUAAACUACACGUGUUUGUAAGACUAUAAACACUUACAUUUCAUUAUGAUGCCAUUAUUCAGGCAAAAAACAAAAGGAAACUGAUAACAUUAUUUAUUACUUAAUGCCAUAAAAUUUUGAGGUGAUGCGUUUCUUUCACGGAUAUUAUUAAGUUACUGUCCAAGAUUUGCGUCUUAAUAAGAUUUUGUUCAGCCGUCCAAAAAUAACACAACUGGUCCAGGUAGAGGGUACAGUUAGUAUUUUGAAUUGACAGUUGCUUUGUAAAUGGCUGUGUUAUUAGGUUAUGUUGAGCUAGAAGUAAGGUUUUAAUAAUAACAUAUGAUGACCACAAUGUAAAGUAUUUUUAUUUAGCAAAUGAAAAUUUGUUUGUUAGAGUAAUGAAAUGAGAAAUUAAAAAAAAAAAACUAAUAAACAGAUUUCUUGUACAUAUUAGGAAUUCUUUGUGAAGUAUGGUUAUUAAAAUACUUGUCAUCAAUCA